CCUUCACCUCUCACCCAGUUUUCCGCGAGGGAAGCCCCGCCCCUUCCUGUCGUCGGCUUUCAGUCAAGAGAGAAGCCGGUUCUUUUCCUGGGAGCAGCCAUUUCGCCGAGCGGCUUCUCCUUCUCCUUCUCCUUCCCAGCGAUGAAGAUCUGGAGCUCGGAGCACGAGUUCGGACAUCCAUGGGAUACAGUAAUAAAAGCUGCUAUGCGAAAAUAUCCCAAUCCUAUGAAUCCAUCUGUGGUAGGAGUUGAUGUCCUGGACCGAAGUCUUGAUAGUCAAGGAAGGCUACACAGUCACCGGUUACUUAGCACUGAAUGGGGCCUACCAAGUAUUGUAAAAGCGAUUCUGGGAACAAAUAGAACUGUAACAUACAUUAAAGAACAUUCUGUGGUUGAUCCUGUGGAAAAGAAAAUGGUACUGAGUUCAACAAAUAUAACGCUCACAAAUCUUGUGUCUGUUGAUGAACGAUUAGUGUAUACACCUCACCCUGAAAACCCAGAAAAAACUCUUCUAACCCAGGAAGCAGUUAUCACAGUAAAAGGUGUUAGCCUUAGUAGUUAUUUGGAGUCUUUAAUGGCAAGCACAAUAUCCUCUAAUGCUAGAAAGGGGUGGGAUGCUAUUGAGUGGACAAUUCAACAUUCUGAAAGUGUUCUAAGCUAGCAGUCUCUACAACUGCAUUUUGUACUAACUAGUGGUAAUACCAGUAUUCAUUAUCUUGGUACAACAUUUCAGCUUCUAGCAAAUGUGCAUGUCAUUGUGAUGUUAACUUUAAAAACUUGCAUGCUUUAUAUAUACACACUGCAUAUAAUGGAACAGCAUUGUUAGCUUCAAUACUGGAAUAAAAGGCAUCAGUGAUGUUUAAACUGUUCAGCAGAAAUCUAGAGGUUCUUAAACAAAACAAAAGAACCUUUAAUUCCACCCACCUUUUGAUAUCUUAAAGCACAUUCACACUCAACUUUUUGUUGAUGCAGAUCUUUUCUGUGAUUCAAUACCAAGUCACUACUGGGUCGCUGUUCCCACUAGUUUACUGCAAUCAAAUCUCUCCAAAGCAUUUAAACACUGCUCAACGUUCACAUUGGCACCAGAUUGUUCCAAAAUGGAGGCACCUCCAUUUCCUGGAACAAUCUUGCAUGACUUGGAUUGAUCUGGUAUUGCGAUCACACUGAAGAUCGGGAUCAUUGCGUUGCCAAAAAAAAAAAAAGAUAUGGUAAGGGGCCCGGUACAAAAUUCACUGGAUUAAGUGGGCGUUUUUGUGUGUCUCCCCCUCCCCCCCAACUGCACUGAGUGCAGUCAGAGGAAGUGUGAACACCAGGUUAUUUUGUAGUGUGAGUGUAGCCUCACUUUUCCCUUUGAAUGAGUAGCAUGCUAUCAGACUAGAGAUGGGAGAAGCCUUUUUGUUGUUGUUGUUGUUGUUGAAGAACAUGUUCUAUUAGGACUAGUCUGUUGUGGUUUUUUUUACUGGCAGCGAGUGGACCUGGAGCCAAAAAGUAGGUAGCUACCUCUUGAUAAGAAGAACUGUUCUACCUUCUUUGCGGAGUAGGUGAAACUCCUGUUACUAAGUUUUACUUCAGAUCUUCAUUGUUUUAGGGGAGCAAAAAAAAAAAAAAACCCCAACAAAAAACCCAAGAGCGUUACUGAUUCUGGUUCUGCUUUGGUGUGGCCUGCAGUAUAACAAACACUACAUAUUACUGUAGAAAUAUCACACAACCAUAACAUAAGCAGAAGGGGUCUCCUUUAAUAGAAGUUUUUCUAUAGAAGCUUACAGUUUUAAUAGAUCAUGUUUAAAAAGCACAAAGACGGUGGUUGUACUUGGACUUUGUUAGACUGGAACACAACAGGAAAUGUAUGACUGCUGGUGAAAACAGCCUCAUGAUGGGCUGGCAGAUUCUCAUCUCAGUGCUGCCACAUCGCAUGCCUUGUAUUACUAGAUUUUAUUGCAGGAGAAAGGAGGAGAAGGUCUGGGAUUGCUGGGUUUGGGUCGCAGUCAUGCAUCUCUUGUCAAAUAUAGAUCUUGCCCUAUGCAAAUAUUAUGUUUCAUCUGUUUCCUCUGGCCUUGUUGGGUUUUCAUUUUCAUGUGGUUUUAAAAUUUAGACAGGAACAAUAAUGUAAAACACCUGGGUUGUAUUCAGGUGCAAUAGCAAAACGUUGUUUGUUUUAAGCUUGAUCUGCAAUGAACUUUGGACUUGUGUAUGUUCUUCUCCCCUUUCUUCUCUGUGCUCCUUUGUACAUGAGGGAUAAUAAUAAACUUCCACUUGUGGUUUGCAACAAUGAUGGCCUGCCAUUUUGGUGAAAUUCCAGUUUGAGAAAAAUGAAUUGGACAAGCCAAAUCUUGUUUCAUUGAGAUCUGGCAAACUAUAACUUCUUGUUCAUCUGAAUUGAAAGCUUCUUAAUUUCAUUUAGUCUCCAUACAAGCAGAAAGGGUAAAGAAAGGGCAUGAGUGUCAACACAUAUUUUGCUUUUGACAACAAACCAUAGUUGAGUUUAGGGCCCGUGUCCAAAUUCAUAUCAGUUGCUGUUGCUGUAAAAAUAAGUGUUCUUAUCCUUUCUAAUUAGAAGCAUUGUUUUUAGCCCCUGAUAAAUCUAUCUGUAUGGUUUACAAAUAACCUAGGUGGCCUGUUUUUAAGAUUUUUUUUUUGAGAAUGGUCACAAGAGAGUCUUUCCUACUAAUUAUGAAAUAGACUAGUCUGAUAGUCGGUCUUGAACAUAACAGAGGAACUCCAUGUCCUACUUGCAGUAGUCAAACACAUGGUAUACAUUAGUGUCAUUAUUAAUACUCUAAAUGUUGGAGUGUGUGUAUAUAUUACCAAAAAAGUUAAACUUGCACUGUAUGCUUUCAGUAUUACCAUUCAGCCUAUGUAAUUCCUAUAUUUUAAAAAUUUCUGUUCUCAGUAUUUUUUUAAAGUAGUAACCACUGAAGUUAUGUGCAGUUUCUAACACUCAUUUUAUAUGCUCAAUGUACUACCACUGUAUAUAUAAUUGAAUAUGCAUGCAUUGCUGCAAUGUGCUUGUUUAAUGUCUUAUAUUAAUAUGCUGUUUUAAGGCACAUCACAUGCUCUGUAAACCAGUCCUCUGUCAGAUUGUGUUACUAGUUCUAUGCAAAUUGGGUUCAUUUAAAAUGAGACAAAAUCAAGUGGCCCAGUUACUGUGUAAAAUUAUUAAAUAGCUAACGCUUGCAAGUAAUGUUGGAGAGACUGAAAUCUACAGAAUUUUCUUUAGACAGUGGCAGCUAGUUGACAUCAAUAUAAGUAGACUGGAAUCCAAAUUGUCAUUUCACUGUUUAAAUUUGUGUUUAAACACAGACUUGCUAGGCUUCAUACCUUGGUUCUUGGAGUGGAGGUUGGUUCAGUAUGGCUAUCGAAUUUGAUUAAUGGCUAACAUGGUUGAAAACUCCUCUUUAAGUGUGUAACCAAAUGAUUUCAAACAUGUGGCUCUGAAAAUACAAUCGUUCCUGCUCUCUGUUCUGCAGUAAUCCUUGAAUUACUAAGUUACUAAGCAGUGGACCCUUCUAGUCUUCUGGGAUAGUUUGAUUCUGAAUCUAAACUCUGCAGCUUCUAAAGUUCAGGAUGCUAUUUGGUUGAAAUGAUAGGGCUGAAGGUGGUUGAUUUUGGCUCAAGAUCAGAUUCUUUUAGAUUUUUUUUAAAAUACAAAAGAAUUGGAGAAAUUCAUGAAAUCUAAAGGGAAAUGACUUGAGGUUUUUUGAGGUGUGGGGCUGUAUUUAGUUUUGAGGGACAUAACUACCCCAGAAUUUGCUGUUUGAUAUUGUAGUUUUGAGUGGAGCUAGGACCCUUGUCCAGUUACAGCUACUGUACUAGUAUUGUUUAAGGAAAGCUGUAGAGGUUAAAUUUUAAUCAGUGUAAGGCUAUAGUGUAGAUAACCCCUAAGGAUGGCUGCCCUUUUGAACUAUACUGUUUCCUUAAUGCCUUUUACUUCAUUCCAAAAGCCAGGUUCAUGUGCAAGUGAUUUAGUAGUUUCUCUGUGGCAAAAAUGAGAUAUGAAAGAGGAUUAUACAAAAUUAGAGUAGGUGCAUACCUAUGACAUUUCCAGUGCUUCUGAUGUCCUUUGAUCUAUUUGUGUGCUCCCUAGUUUCUAAAACAUAUUUUAGGUAAAUUAAUGUAAAUAAAUUAGUAAUAUUAUUGGUAAAAAUAUUCCACAGGGCAGAAGUAAUAUUUGAACUAAGAUGAUUUCAUUUUGUAUAAGGGCACUUGGAGAACUGUGCCCAGGCUGGAUAUGCAUACCUGUGUAUGCGCUUAUUUUGCAUUUGAGUAUUCAGCUUAUAAGAUUAUUACAAAGAAAUAUACCUAUAGUUGAGUUGGCAUUUAGAGUAAAAGUAAUCUGUUGGGUAAUGACAUUAUCAUUUCACAAAUGGCUUUCUAUAUCGGGGCUGCCAAGUAGUGAUGAGAAUGUUGCCAUCAUCAGCUUGCUGUCUUGCAAUAUUUUGGAUACCUCUUUAUAAGUACGCUUACUUUAUUCCACUAGGACAAGGAUGUGUACCCUGCUAGCCAGUUUUGUGGCCCCUCUCACCACUAAAUUUCAUGAACGUGAUGAUGGGGAUAGUGUUUUUAUGUGGUGGCGGUGAGGAUUUGCACCUAGAACACUUCUGGAGGUGAAGUUCUUUAAAGCAAGUAAUAUGGGCCCUGCAUAUCUUGUUUUAAACACCUAUUUUGUAGAGACUGUAAGUGAGGGGUGUGUGUGUGUGUCCAUUUCCCAUUGAUGUUGCACCAGAUGGUAGAGGUAGGGAGGUAGGACACUAUGAGAUCUGGGUUGUGUACAAAGUUGGUUUCCAGCCCCACCAACCUUGCCCUUCCCUGUGCUAGAGAUUACUUGUGAGAAGGCAUAGGACUGGGCUGUGAUCAAAUAUUUCGGAGACUUGGUGGAAUGACACAACAGGCUUGGUUACAUCCUAACACUGGUGUCAGUGUUAGUAAGCUAUCCAGUGUUAGUUUUCUAAGCUAUUUGUAUCCCACUUGCUGCUAUAGAUAGAUAGUACAGUGGUCCCUCCACAUUCCUUGGGGUAUUAAGGGUGAAGGACCUCUGUAAAUGUGGAAAAACCGCAAAUUAAAAGUACUAUUCUUUUUACCUAAGAGAACACUGUUCUAGAAAUCUUAAAGUCCUCCAGCACAACUCUGUGGUCAACAUUUGCCAGACAUUGAUCAUA